AUGGAUGAGACAACUCCCCUGUACUAUGUGGAUAACUUUGCUACUAGCCAAGGUCCUGAAUUUGAGGAUGACCACUUGCAUGUCCUGUACACAUCUGUCUUCCUGCCCAUCUUCUACACUGUUGUGUUCCUGAUCGGUGUUGUGGGGAACCUGAUCCUGAUUGGAGCCUUACAUUUCAAACGGGGAAGCCAAAGACUGAUCGACAUAUUUAUCAUCAACCUGGCUGUCUCUGACUUCAUCUUCCUUGUUACACUGCCCCUCUGGGUGGAUAAGGAGGCAUCUUUGGGGCUGUGGAGGACUGGUUGGUUCCUGUGCAAGGGAAGCUCUUACAUCAUUUCAGUCAACAUGCACAGUAGUGUCUUCCUCCUGACUUGCAUGAGUGCUGAACGCUACCUGGCCAUCAUGUGCCCCUCUGCAUCGAGGAAAUUCAGGAGGAAAGACUGCACUUAUGGUAUCUGUGUCAGUGUCUGGUUUAUCUCCUGCCUUCUGGGGUUGCCAACCCUUUUAUCCAGGGACCUGACAAUGAUCGAGGAUAAACCCUACUGUGCAGAAGAGCCAGCCACUCUCUCUAAACGAGCUUGGGCCCUAGUGUCCUUAAUUUUCACGUUUUUUGUCCCCUUGCUGAGCAUUUUGACUUGCUACUGCUCUAUUGCAAGGAAAUUGUGUGCACACUACCAGCAAUCAGGAAAACACAACAAAAAGCUGAGAAAGUCCAUAAAAAUUAUCUUCAUUGUAGUGGCGGCCUUUGUCAGCUCCUGGCUACCUUUUAACAUCUUCAAGCUUUUGUCUAUCAUCUCUGGGCUACAAGAAGAACCCUUCUUUUCCUCUGCCAUCCUCCAAGUGGGCAUGGAGGUCAGUGGUCCUUUGGCAUUUUCCAACAGUUGCAUUAACCCUUUCAUUUAUUAUUUCUUCGAUGGCUAUAUAAGGCGAGCUAUUAUCUGCUGUCUCUGUCCUUGUCUGAAGAAUUACAACCUUGGGAGCAGCACUGAAACCUCAGACAGUCACCUUAGUAAGGUGUUUGCCAACUUCCUUCAUGGAGAGGAUUUUUCUAGGAGAAGACGUUCUGUGUCUCUGUAA